AUGGCUUCUUCUUCUUCUGCUUCCUCCUCCUCCUCCUCCUCGUUUUUCUACACGCCGGUCAAUUUUGUUAUUUCGGUCCGCGACCUGCUCCUCUUCCACAAGGCCGACCGCGCCGCCUACGACCGGUUGGUCACCCUCGGCACCUCCCCCACCGUCGCCCGCAAUGUCGUCGCCCUACUCAUGUGGCUCGAGAACACUGGCAUCGACGCCCUCGCCCACCUCCGCCUCCACGCCAGUAACCCCGCCGUCGUUCUCCGCCUCGUCGCUGACGCCGAGGCCAUCCUCAAUUGCGUUCGCAGCGACGGGCCCCCACGCCAGCCCCCCGCCCUAGGAGCCCUCGGCGCCAUCCCCCUCAUCGCCUCCCUCGCCUCCCACCCGCUCGACCUCCACUUCUUCCACCGCCACCGCGAUGCCGCCGUGCAGGGCCUCACCUACCACCUCAUCCGUAUCGGCCCGGUAAUUUUCCACGACGGCCUGCAAGCCACCUUGACCUCGUACGACGCGGCGGAGGCGGAAGCCCGCAGGCGGAACCUGUCGCCGCCUCCUCUACCGCCGGAGCUGGCGAGGCCCUACAUGGACGCCGUCGCGGAGCUGUCGACGGCGGCGGAGGACGAACGAUCCAUCUUCAUCACCUUCUCCAGGGGAUAUCCUCUGUCCCAAGGGGACAUCGAGGAGUACUUCAGUAGUAAGUGGGGAAAGUGCGUGGAGAAAGUGACGGUGGCGAGGUCGGCGUCGGCGGUGGCGCCGGUGUACGGAAAGGUGGUGUUCAAAAACGUGGCCUAUCUGGGACUGGUGCUCAACGGCAUGGACCUGGUCAAGUUUACUAUAAAGGGAAAGCAGAUGUGGGCGCGCAAGUACGAACAGAGAGGGAAUAAUUGA